CUUUGCCUCUUCGCCCCUGACGGUUAAUGCUAAGCAUUGUCCAAGACCUCUCUCUUCCUGCCUUCUCUCUCACCGUCGUCAAUCGCUAUUACUGGUCCCAUUAAGAUAAUUAUUCGAUAUCUGUUCUCCGCCUUGCACUUACUUGAUACGUUCUAGCUGUUCUAGAACCAUUUACCCUCUUUUACCCUUUUACCAUACAAUAACUACCGGUGCUGUUACCUGGCCACGCGUUGUGCAAAACAUCGCCAGGACAACCCGUCAGAAUACUGACCACCCGGCAUCGCAUCACAUCACAUCACAUCGUUGCAUUGCCUUCUUCGUUCUCUGUAUCGCUAUCAAGCCAUCAAUACUCGCUCCGGCGACAAUGAAGAACUUUGGCGUUGCUGUUGCCGUCGCGGCUCUGGUAUCCACUGCCGUAGCCGACGUACCGGCGAUCGAAAUCAAAGGCUCCAAGUUCUUCUACAGUAACAACGGGACACAAUUUUUCAUGCGCGGUGUUGCUUACCAGCGUGAUGUCUCAACAAACACAACUGCCGUACCAGGCGCAACCUACAGUGACCCUCUCGCGGACGUCGACAGCUGCAGGCGUGACAUACCCUUCCUGACAGAGCUCCGUACCAAUACAAUUCGCGUAUACGCUGUCGAUCCCGACAAUAACCAUGACGAAUGCAUGUCGAUGUUGGCAGAUGCUGGCAUAUACGUGAUUGCUGAUCUGUCUCAACCCUCCGAGUCGAUCAACCGCGACGACCCUUCUUGGGAUGACAAUCUCUACAGCCGUUAUACCUCGGUCAUCAGUAAUCUCGCCAAGUACAAUAACACACUUGGCUUCUUCGCCGGAAACGAGGUCUCGAACAACGCAUCAAACACUGAUGCUAGCGCCUUCGUAAAGGCUGCAGUUCGCGAUUCCAAGGCCUACAUCAAGAACCAAGGUUUGCGCUCCAUUGGUGUCGGAUACGCCACCAACGACGACAAAGAAAUCCGCGAGAACCUCGCUGAUUACUUCAAUUGUGGAAGUGACCCUGCCGAAGCCAUUGAUUUUUGGGGUUACAACAUCUACUCAUGGUGUGGUGAUUCUAGCUACGAGACUUCGGGCUACAAGGACCGCACUGAGGAGUUCGCCAACUACUCCGUCCCCGUAUUCUUUGCCGAGUACGGUUGCAACGAAGUAGAGCCUCGUACUUUCACCGACGUUCCCGUUCUGUUCGGAGAUGAUAUGGCUCAGGUCUGGUCUGGCGGCAUUGUGUACAUGUAUUUUCAAGAAGAGAAUGACUUUGGCCUCGUUUCGAUUGAUGGAAGCUCCGUCUCUACCCUUACCGAUUUCAGCGAGUACUCCAAGCAAAUUGCGACUGUUGACCCCAGCGGUGUCAACUCCAACAGCUAUAAUCCUACAAACACUGUACCGGCAGACUGUCCGGCCGUCAACACUGCCUGGUUGGCUGAGUCGACCCCUCUACCACCGAGUGCCAAUCCUGAGCUCUGCUCAUGCAUGACUGCAUCCUUGACUUGCGCAGUUAACGCAGAUACCAGCACUGAAGAUUAUGCUGAUAUCUUCGACUACAUCUGUGCGAGCAGCGACUCUGCCUGUGAUGGCAUUGCCCAUAAUGCCACAACUGGCGUAUAUGGCGCCUAUGGCAUGUGCAAUUCCACAGAACAGCUGUCCUUUGUCAUGAACAAAUAUGCUGCCGCCCAAAAUGGCCAAUCUAAUGCGUGCGACUUCGAUGGCAAGGCAUCCUCCAAGCGUGCUUCGUCCCAGAGCGACACAUGCAAAAACCUGAUGAGCCAGGCAGGUACUGACGGCACUGGCACGGUCACGAGUCAGCCCAGUGGGACGAACGGCGCUGGUGCCGGCACAGGCACGGGCGAUGAGGGUUCUGCUGCUGGAGUGACACUGGCGACUUUGAACAUGGGUUUCGCUUCUCUAAGCGUAUACCUCACUGUCGCUGGUCUCUCGGGUGCCGCCAUGGUUCUCCUGUAGAAAUUUCUCGAUGCCUUGUUUACAUUUUUCUGUGUGCAUAGCUUUGGGCUUGUGAAGUGGGCAGUCUGCCUUGGUGGUGCGGGAAUGAUGGUUCUAUUGUUGGCUGUAUCAACCAAGCCAAAAACGCGGACACUUGGUUCUAUAUUUGAAAGUUCGUACUAUCAGGGGGCAUGGGGUUGGUCGUUUGUGAUGAGGUUGGCGCAUGAAGAGCUUGUGUUCGGACAUUUUGGUUGGAUUGUGGAAUGAAGAAGCCUUUGUCUUGAUAGG